UAUAUAAAAUGCGGGUGGCAAAAUUGAUUAAGAAAAAAAUAAUAGAAGUUGAAGAGUAGCUAACAACACAAAGUGUCUUCUUUCUUUCUCUGAAGCUAUGGGUUCCUCAGCAACUCUUAGUGACCGUGCCCAAAAUGUCCCAAAAGAAUGCGACACCUCAUCUCCGGCCACCAAAACUGAUUCUUCUCGCCGAACCGCUUCCUUUUCCUCCUCCUCGUCACUCUCAUCAUGCUCAUCUUUGCGUUUUCUUGAUGAUUCGCCCCUUAGUCCGGCCACCCCGCUUCAAUUUUCCGGUGUUCCAUUUUCUUGGGAACAUUUGCCUGGGAUUCCUAAGAAGCAAAGUCACAAGAAAAAGGACUCUACAUUAAAGGCCCUCCCAUUGCCUCCUCCUGCCGCCCCUGCUUCAAUCUCCAGAAGAAUCAAUUCCGAGGAAAUUAGAAUCCGAAAGAAACACAAUAAUGAAAGUUUUAGAAGGGAUCCCUUUUUCGCUGCAUUAGUUCAAUGUUCAAAGGAUGAUGAUGAUGAUUAUCAAGGCAGUGGCUUCUGGGGUGGUGCUAAGGUAUCAAGGAGCAUUACUGACAGGUUUGGUUUUGUAAGCCUCUACACUUCCUGUAAAAAAACUAGUGCUGUUUCUGAUUCAAUAGUAUAUCUUCCAAGAUCAAGCAGGACAUCAUAUGAUCUAAUUAGUCGCCGUUCUCGCUGAGUUUGUAUGAUCAUUCUCCAUGAUCAUGAUGAUGUUCUUCUGGACUUUGUGUUCAUGUUCUUAUAAGAUUAAGAGGGCAUGGAGUGAAGCUUACAUAACACCAUGUGAAGGCAGACAAUGGACCACGGAAGGAGAGGGACGACUUCAUUAUUAAUGUGACUUUGUUUGAAGGGACUUCUAUUAUUUUCUAGCUUUAUUUGACAUAUUAGUGGUAUCUUGGUGUGCAUUGGGAUGGGUCUAGUAGGAGGCUGUGAAGCUACCUUGGCUCGUACUUUCACAAGAUUUGUACUCUAGUGUUCUAGAACCAGAUUCCUAAAACUCAUUUUGAUGCUCGUUGGCCGUAAAAGCACUUCCAUGGAAAAUACUAUUUACUUUGGUUUUGUAAAUUAUGGAUGUGUAUGAUUCA